AUGUUUGCUGUGCUGCAUUCAACGGAUCUCUUGAUGGUUUAUUUAGAAAUUGUUGACAUCUUCGGACGACAAUUCUUGAUUGACUUCGUGAACUUGAACGGCAUGGUUUGGUAUGGUCGUGAUAUGUCGACUAACGUGAAAAGUGCCGUCACUUCGGGUGAGGAGUUGGAGUCAUCCGCCGUUGGCGCGAACUGUGCGAAAAUCGUGAAAUCAUUGGAAGAGCGUGAUGGUAGCUCAAUAAAUUCUUCGGAAGAAUGUGCUUCGUCUUCGGGAUCAGGGAAUCCUGACGAUAACUUUCCGAAAGUUACCUACAGUGAGAAAGAAAGCAUCGUCCGCUUUGAGUUGAAUGGCGCUGAAGAAGUCUUAGGCAUUGGUGAACCCAUUCCAAUCGUAGACGAAGCUAAUUUCGAAGAAUGGAUUCCAGAGGAAGAAGAAAAGCCAUUGCCCAUCUUGGUUCCAAAAACUCCACUUCCCAAGUCUCGAAAAUCUUCAAAGAAAACACCAAAAUCUGCAAGAGCCCGAAAUGCCGAACUCUGUGGCCCCAGUCACACCGUAAUUCCCCUUCAGGUCAAACCUUCCGCACCAAAAGUUGUCAUCAACGAGGUCAUCGACUAUCCCGAUGUCCCCGCUAUUGAACAACCAGUAUGUUAUUAUCGGUUCAUUGAGAAAACUCCAGAUGAGCUGGAUGAUGAGGUUGAGUAUGACAUCGACGAAGAAGAUGAACUGUGGUUGACUCGGAUUAAUCAUUCACGAAAGCGGAAAAAGAUUCCUCCGGUUUCCGUUGAAGAUUUCGAAUUGCUUAUGGAUAGACUGGAGAAAGAGAAUGUUAUGGUGUGCCAUACAUUCCCGAAGGGCAGUGGCUUUGUAGAAGAUGUCUGCAAUCACCCUCCAGAGCCGUGGAUUGCGCGUUAUGUCCGAACAAAGGCCGGUCUAUCGAUGAAAAUUGAUGCCGCGCGGGAUUCCAACGGCGCCAAACUGAGUGUGAAAAAAAGCGCCUUCUGUGAUGUUCAUGGCCCUUGUGACGGGGACAUAUCAAUGGCUGCGGACGCCCAACCAGAUUCUCCGCACAAAGAUCCUGAUCGGGAACAUUUCCGAGAAAGACUGCGGAAGGCGCGCAAAAUCCUCGCCGAGCGUCGCACAGUGACACCCUCCGUGUCGGUACCCACGUUACCCGCUGCAGAAGUGCGAGGUAUCGUGGAUUCCGUGUCAUUUCCAAAGCGAGACUGGUUCUUUAAGCGACUGCUGGCGUAUUGGUUGCUCAAGCGACGUGCACGAAACGGGGUGCCUCUCAUUCGCCGGCUCCAGUCUUCGCAACACACUCGCAGAACCACAAGUGUACCUGAACCCAUCAAACACGAACCCGAACCAGAACCGUCUCCGCCUCCUGUGGAAGUGAAAAAGCGGGGACGGAAGCGGAAGAUCACGGAAGAAGAGCCUGUGGCGAAGAAGAAGAAAGCUGCUAUCGAAUCGCCUAGCAAACUUGAAAUAAUCAAACCGAAGAUCGUUGUGAAAGACGAGGUGAGAGCAGAGUACAGUAUUUGCAAAAAGAUCCGCCAAGACCUGGAGAGAUCCCGAUUGUUGUGUGAACUGGUUCGAAAACGUGAGCGUCUGAAACGGGAUUAUGCGAGUACUUUGGAACGGGAGUUUGUGCUUCGUAUGACUCCCCUGAAGCCCGUGUUGCGGAACAUUCUGGACCAAUUGGGCGCUCUGGACAACGAGGACAUUUUUGCUGAGCCGGUGGAUACCACCAUCGUUGAUGAUUAUGCCGAUGUGAUCAAAUUCCCGAUGGACCUGUCAACCAUGCGCAAGAAAGUGGAUGCAGGAGAUUAUGCCUCUGUUGAUGCACUUAGGGACGACUUUCAGCUCAUGAUACGGAACUGCAUGACGUACAACGCCAAAGAUACGUUUUAUUAUAAGGAGGCUGUGAGACAGCGAGAUGCUGGGUCAAUUGUCAUUCGACAAGCCAAAAGGUUGUUACACGAAGCCGGUUACGAUGCGGUGUCAGGAACUCUGAUGAAUGAAGUUGCUGCAGACGAAUCAACGAAUGCUGCGAGGCUGUCGUAUGCGGAGACUUUGAUGAAACCAGAUUCUGGAAAGUCGCUCGAGUCGCGGAUCGAAGAGCUGCUUGAUGCAGAGGCAAUUUUGCUCCUUGCCGACCGAUCGACGUCGAGAGCAAAUAAAUUGAAGCAUGUGAAAGUGGAACUGCGACGCCUUCGCAUUCUCGCCACGCGAGAACGGAAUUCUCUAUCCCCGAAAAAGUUGCCCAAAGAUAGUGCCAAAGCAAAGAAAAUUGAUUCAUCGUCCCCGGUCAAUUCGGAUGGAGAAGACUUGAUUGAUGAAACCGAAUCAGCGGGCGAAACCCCGUCCGAGCAAUUAUCCAAUGGGGUGAACAAUUCAGCGUGUCGCUCGAGGAGUCGUAAGCAAAAGCAGACUGGCUUCGAAAAUGACAAUGUGGAGGAGAAUGGUGGGAAAUCCGGCCCGGAUGCCGACUACGUUUCGAAACGAUUGGCCUCAGCAGCCAUCAACUUGUUCGCCAAUGAAGUGAAGGAUCCCGGGGAGAAAUCGGUGAAUGAUGAUGCGGCCGAUUUCAAACCCAGGUUGCGCAAAACGGCGGGUCGAGCUGAGAAGAAAUUAUCUCCCAGGCAGCGGAAGUUGUGGGAUUGGCUUAAACCUAAGCCGCCGAUUGCUCCUGUGAAAGAACUGGAAUCCAUCGCCAAAAAGGAGUUAUUCGCGGAAGUGUUGAGCGAAAUCGGUCCACGAAUGAAUCCCACGGUCGUCGUGGACAAGCUCUCACUCGACGUAUCCGACCCGAACUUCUGCUCGUACCGCACGGAAAACUUCGGCGAAGGCGGCAGUGGCGGCUCUGACAACGAAGAAUCUGCGUCCCCUGCGUCCACGUCUCUCAGUGGCUGGUCAGAAGCCGAAGAAGAUGACGGCGAAGAAGAAGAAGACGGCGAUGAUGAAGAGUCCUUGCUGAGCGAUGCAGUGGACGCCCAUUCUGACCAAAACAGCGUCGAGGGUGACUUGAGCUCGCGAAGUUCGUCUCGGGAACGAAAGUGCUCCGACUUGGUGUGGGCCAAACAAGGACGUCAAAGUUGGUUCCCUGCCGAGAUUACGGAUAAAAGCCGUGAAGGGAACGGGCCGCCGAAGCCGCCGUCGUCGUCGGGAAAUGCAGCAGCAGCAGCAGCGGAAAUGAAGCUCGUGCGGCUUUUCGACAAGCGACGGACGUUGCGAUGGUAUUCGAGUGACAAACUCGUGCCGCUGGGCAUCGAUAUCCAGGGCGACAAGGAGAAGAUCACGCAGAAUGGCGAGCGGAAGAAUGGCGGACGAAUCGGGCGGGAUUUGGUGCAGAGUGCGUAUGAAAGGGCUGUUUUGUACUAUUCUUCAAAUGCGCAGACUUCGUUGGAGGAUUCGAAUGGGAUUUAACGACAGGGUCUCCUUUUUUUUUAGGUCAGCCCCUCUUGUGUAUUCCAUUAUUUAUUCAUUUCGAUGGGGUGGGGAGGGUGGCCGCAUUCGUUCGCCGAAGUGAAAACAAAAAGAGAGAGAAUUUUAUUUUUAGGUAAAGUUGUUUUCAUUACAUUUUGUGUUGUUUGAUUCUGCUUCAGAUCAUCGAGAAGUUCUUUUAUCUUGCUCUGGGACUGGUACUCAUUCAAUUCGAUUGCGUCCACGUAUUUUCUUUCUAUGUAUGAAGAUGAAAAAGUGAGUUGAGAUUUUGAUGGUACAGUCGAACUUCGAUAAGCCGCCACCAUUUGUUUGUAGCCGUUUUCUCGAUGUUGAUGGUUUAUCAACAAAAAAAAAACUAAAAUAACACGAAAAUCAGAUAUAAUGGGGCAAUAAUUUGUUCGCAUUCGUUCGCCAAAGUGAAAACAAAAAGCGAGAGAAUUUUUAUUUUUAGGUAAAACAGUUUUAAUACAUUUUUCGUUGUUGUUGGACUCUGGUUUAGAUCAUUCCAAACCCGAAAGUUCUUCAUUUCUUGCGCUGGUACUGGUACUCAUUUAAUUCGAUUGCGUCCGAAUGGAAUUUAUUUUUGUUUUGUUCAAUGACUGAAGUUGACAAACUGCGUCAAGAUUUUAAUGGUACUAUCAAACCUCGAUAAGCUGCCACCAUUUGUUUGUGGCGGUUUAACGGGGUUGACGGUUUAUCUAAAACUAAAAUGACAUGGAAAUAUAAUAGAUAAUACAAUAAUUGUGGCUCUUCGAGAAAACUUAUCAAAAUAAGUCUCGGAUGCAUAAAUUAUAUCGAGCUAAUGUUCAUCUUUGCGGUUUUUUUUUCUUCUAUUGGAUACCUCGCACAGAAACUUUUUUAAAUCUUGUUGGCGGGCUAUUGAAGGCAAACAAUUUUGGCCGGAUCAUUUUUGAGUUGUCAAUAAUUUGGCGGAUGGCGUUUCAACAGUGAUACCAAUGCUAUUACCACUAGGGGACAUAAAAAAAAAUUGGCGGUGGCCGAGGGUUGCGUCUUAUUGAAGUUUUACUGUACUGUAUUUGGACCAUACUUCUCUUGGAUUAAGUUUCUUCGCCAUUGCUAAAGUGGUAUGUUUUGAUCGAUGCGUUUAGGUUCUUUUCGGUUGGAGUAUUGAUUCAGGUGAAACCGAUGUGACAUUCCAGAAAGUGUAGGGUUUGUCGUUGGAGUGAAAAACAACCUUCUUUCAGGUCGCCGGUAAUUAUCAAAUCAUUUUUCUUAUUAAAAUGAAAAGUGGGUAAAUUCGAAUUGAAUUCUGAAUUUUAAAAGUCUAUCUAUCUAAAAUUUACGGUGUUUUACUAGUGACCAAGAAAGUUUCCUGUGCAGUUGGAAGUCGGCCGAUCUCACUUUUCGUUGAUGCGGAAAAUUUGUUUUUUUUUCACUGCCGUUAGAUAUCGAAACGAAUUCUAAAUGUGCUCAUUGCUGGAUGUUUGAGACAUUUUUUGAAAGAGAAGACCCCGUGAAUGAAGUUCAAACGAAAAAGGUUUUUUUUUUAGUACAUGGUGACGAGGAGCGAUUCACUGCCGGGAAAUAGCUAUUUUUUAUUUAUGCACGAAGCGGGGAAGAACAUUCGCAGUCGCAUGCAUGUAACUCUGAAUCAUGCUCGUGGGAAUUUUGUUCUUUUGCAAAGCGAUCGAACUAUUUGUUGAGAGGUGGAAUUUUCAAUCAAUCAUCGUGGCCAGGCGGGCCUGAUGUUUUCAAGCGCGAAGAUGAUCUCCAUUGUGUGUGUUUUUUUAUAUGUGCUGCGCGUUUCGCCUCUUGUUGAUUCGGCAUUCCGACUGGGCUUCGCGAGUUUCGAUGUUUUUCUUCGUACUUGUUCCAAACCCAGGAAUAAAAAUGCCUGCUAAAAAUGUGUGUAUCUGUCUGUUAUCAAUGAGUUAAACUCUUGGUUGACGUUUGACCAAUUAACGCCGCUGUGAUCCAUGCAAUGAAUUCAGUAAAAUCUGGUUACAACAAAUGUGGUGUAACAAACUUUUUAUCAAGUCCUGGCAGAAAUUUAGUCAAGUCCAUGUUGAAACAGUCUUGUUAUAACAAACUUCCAGCCCAGUGUAAAAAAUUCUUUUGAGGAAUAAUCAGUAAUAGAUUCUCCAGGUAGAAAUUUCCUGACAAGGCAGACAAAGUCUGAAUUUCUGAUCCCAAAUGUGACAGAUUGGUUUGUGUAGCAGGGAUGGAAGCUGUAAUCAAUGACAAACAUGCUUCCAAGGGAUUCCACACAACAGCCUCCCAGAAUGAAGAGAUGGGUACAUUGUAUGGGAUGCAUGAUUGCAGCUAACUUUUUUCAAAUCCCCCAA